AUGCGCAGAGCAGGCUUUACACGCCCUCCCCUCCAUCUAUCUAUCCCACACACCACCACUACCACCACCCCGUGCGCGAUGUCGGCCGAGUCAUUGGUGCUCGCCCUGCUGCUCCUCGCCAUCUGCGGAGCGGUGCUGCUGCGGUGGAUCUCGCAGCGCCACGCUGAUGAUAGCGCCGUCGGCGACAAGGCGCUGGCACACAAGGGCAGGCUUCGGUUGUCGCAGAACGCGUCAGGCUCCGCGGCACGUCGACGUGGCAGUAGGGACGAGAAUGACAGCGACCAAGGGGAGGUGGACGACGACAAUAAUGGCGCGGCUGGUCGGCGUCGCAUAGGCGCAGGUGGUGGCCUGCGUCGUCGUCGGCCUCAGCAGCGCGGCGCCAAUGCCCACCGUGGCGGCAGCGACGGUGAUGAAAACAGCUACGACGAUGACAACACCGGCGGUAUCCCCGAGACCGACGCGGACGGCGUGAAGUUGACGCGGCUGCAGCGCAAGAAGCUCGCAAAGGAGCGCGAGCGUGAGGAGCGCCGGCAGGCGCAAGAGGCCGCCCUCGAGGCACAACGGCAGCGCAUGGGCGCCGAUGAGCUGCGCGACGCCGAGGCCGCGCGGCGUGAGGAGGAGCUCAAGGCGGCUGAGGAGGCGGCGCUGCAGCAGCUGCGCAGGGACAAGAAACAGGCUGAAGAUGAAGAGUACGCUAAGUGGGUCUCGCAAAUCGGCGUAGAGGAGCGGGGCGAGCUCGGCGACGAGGAGCGAGAGCGGCAGACGCGCGUGCAAUCCUUCUUGCUAGACCGUGCGGCGCAGGUGCAGGCACGCGCGCAGCGCUCCGCCGCCGGAGCGAAGUGUAGCCCGAGCGAGGAGGAGAGCAUCCACGUGCUCAUACUGCAGACGGCGGCGCGCGACUUGAGGGUAUCCGUGGAGGAGCUUGUCAGCACCAUUGAGCAGCUCUCCCAGGCGGACAAGGUGCACGGCGUGUUCGACGACCGCGGCAAGUAUGUCUUCAUCGCACCGGAGCAGUUCCCGCUGCUCGCGCAGUUCGUUCGGCUGCGCGGGCGUGUGUCGGUGGAGGAGUUCACGCGCGAGUGUAACCGAAUCAUCAUGCAGUCGUAG